AUGUCUUAUACUUCAAAACUUCCUGCAUCCUGGAACGACAAACCUCCGUCUCGGAAAGUGGACAUUGACCUGAGCUCACCUGGUUUGGCCGUGUUUGAGUUGGAGCGCCUGCUGUUUACUGGGAAAGCCAUUAUCAGCCAUGCAGACGAAGUUUGGCCCAGGCUUUACAUCGGGGACCAGUAAGUGACUCACUUCUGUUUUUUGGUAGAGACCUUCUGGAUCGGUCCGAUUGAUCUGAAACUCUUUCUGAAAUAUUCUGACUUUGUGAGAAAAAUGAGGCUCGGGGCACCACCGCUCAGACCUGGAUCUGGUCCACAUGUGUGAGAGAGGAACGGAUCAUAAAUCAGAUUUAAAUGCAGAGCGUGAAACUUGAACCCCCUGAAGUUACAUUCCACAUCAGGAACUUGCGUAAACUACGGCGCUGCUAUUUGGAAACUCGUCUCAGGUGUCCUGGAGAACGUGCGAACCUGUGAAGUUGAUACCGUCACCAAAGUUCCACUGAAAUAUUCUUUACAUGAAAACCUGAUCAGUGAUAUGAAAUUCACAUUUUUAUGAUUUAAAGAGAAAUGUCUCCACUAACUGAGACUAAAAUAUUAAAACCUGAAGCUGAACUUCAGACAUGAGAACAUCAGAGCAGAUACGGAGCAGCAGGUCACAGGAGGGCGUCAUCGGUUCAGUUCAAGUUCUGCUGCUGAAAUAACCGAGAACACGAACUCUUUAAACCUCAAACUGGGUUAAAAUCACACGCUCAUGUGCUCUUUGAUUCUAUCACUGUAUACCAUCAUGUUGUUUUGUCCGGUACGGCGUCUGUAUUUUUAGUUUUAUUACCUUCACUGCUUCUGAUUGGGCCUUUUAUAGAUCAGCUGAUCACAGAUAUAAGGUUGUUUGACAGACUCAAACAAAGAUGGCUGCCUCCUGAUAGUUUAGUCAGCCACCUUCAUUUCUCCCAAACUAGGGUGACCAUACGUCCUCUUAUACCGGGACAUGUCCUCUUUUUUGGGGUCUGUCAGGGGGAGUUUAUAAAACCCUUCAAAUGUCUGCGGUUUUGUAUGAAAGUUUUGAGUUUGUGUAGCGUGGACAAACUGAGUUAGAAGCGAGUAAAAAAAACUCUCGACCUGACCUGAAAAACCCUCAAAAUUUACUACUCGUAAUGUUCUCUUUUUUGGGAUUAGGAAUAUGGUCACCCUAAUUAAAAAAGCGCAAAUCUUACAGCCUUAUUCAGUUGUGCAAAAGGAAGUUGAUGCUCCAUUAGGUGGCGCUAACAGUAAGACAAAAUGAGAUAGAUCUACUCAGGCUAGGAGCGUCAUCAAACCUGUCAAAUUUGGUACAGAUCGGAGGUUUUCGAAGGUUAGUACCUUGUAUUUCCACAGGGGGGCGCUAUGACUGUAAUUGAGAAAUAAGUUAACAGAUGUUUUAGGGAUGAACCUGGAUGAUCAAACAGACUUCCUGUUUGGGUUGUCGUAAUAAAUCAGGACUAAUGAUGACCGUCUUUUUAUUUUAAAGAAACUCAAUAAUGUUAUCGUGUUAAAAAUCAAACACACAGUGAAAAGAUCGAACAUCAUCAGAGAUGAAAAAUUACUUAAAUUGUGUUCAUUAGUGAAGGUCAUGAAGUCGUGUGCUGCUCCGCCCUCGUCUUUUCUCAGCUGUAUUUUCACAAUUUUAACAUUAACGAGGUUUUUAAUGAGAAUCCAUUAGCGCAUAAAAAAACACUCGACCUGAAAAUCCCUCAACAUUUAUUACGCGGGACAGAGUCACAUGUAGUAGUAGUAAUGUAGGAUAUGCUCACCCUAUCCAAAACUAACUCCUAUAGUGUGUCGCAGAAACACACAGAGUUUGUAUGUGGAAAGUUGCCGGUCUGACGGAGCGAGUGGAUUUUACACCGAUCAGCUGUGAUUGUAAACAGAGUGAUGUUUGACUGAGCUUAGAUCCGCUCCUGUCUCCUCCUCUGUUAUUUUUCAUGGUUGACAAAACUGAGUGAAACGUGAACGAUGAUGUUUUUGGAUUAAAGUGAAUAUGACUGUUUUUCAUCGUGAGACCUGAUAACGUACAGCUUCAUCGGUUUGGUUUUGUGUCGUCUUCUCAUGGUUUUCGUGUUUUUCAGGCACAGUGCCGAGAACCCGGCUGAUCUGUCCCUGCACAGAGUCACUCACAUCCUAAAUGCAGCUCACAGUAAUCGCAGAGGACAGCCGGGCAUCUACGAGAGCAUGGGGAUCACCUACAUGGGCAUCGAGGCCCACGACUCUGUGAACUUUGACCUGAGCGUCAACUUCCAGGCAGCGGCUGAUUUUAUCCACCGAGCUCUGAGCAGAGGAGGUGAGGGACGAAAACAAACUGAGGAACCGUCUGAUCGGACUGGUCCUGAUGUCUGUCUGUGGGGUCUGUUUGUCUCCCUCUCAGGUAAAGUUCUGGUCCACUGUCAUGUCGGAGUGAGCCGCUCGGCCACUCUCGUCCUGGCGUACCUGAUGCUGAAGCAGAACCUGACCCUGGUGGAGGCCAUCUGUGCGGUGAAGGAGAACCGGGGCGUGAUCCCCAACCGAGGCUUCCUCCGACAGCUCAUCAAUCUGGACGGUCGACUCUUUGGUCCGCACUGA